UUUGGAUCCGACACAAUGUUCUCUUCCACAUUGCCAAUCAUUUGCUUCCAAAGAAACCCAUUAUAUCUUUCUAGCUUGACAAUCUGUCAAACAUAAACAGUGUCCAAUUACGCAUGCCACGGAUAAUAUGUCCAUUCCAUUAAGCCUUACAUCUCACGAUGCCAACAUACCAAACCAGCAACCUGGAGGAGCUUCACCAAGUGAAAAAUUUAAGUGCCUAAAAUUGGAUCGACUUCUUGCAAAUAAUCCACUGUGGAACAAAAUAUUUAUAAUUUCAUGUGUGAUUGCUGUGUCACUGGACCCUUUGUUCUUUUACAUUCCAAUCAUCGAUCAAGACAACAAGUGCCUUGGAAUGGACAAAAAGCUGAAGAAUGUAACUCUUGUUUUGCGACUGCUCGCAGAUCUCAUUUUCGUAGUGCAUAUUAUUCAUCAAAUUUGUAAGGCCAUUAAAUCUGUCAACCCAAAAGAAAAGGAAAAUUCCGGUUGGGAAUCGAAAGCUAUGGCAGUAGCCAGGAAGUUGUCGUGGCGCUCGAUGGUUACUGAUAUUCUUGCUGUUCUUCCCAUCCCACAAGUGCUUUUAGUAGUUGUUUUCUUCAAAAUGAGAGGCUCUGGAUAUUUGCAGAAAAGAAAGGUUCUAAACUUUUUUCUUCUUGCCCAAUAUCUUCCAAGGAUUUAUCGAAUUCACCUAUCCUCUAACAACCUUUCACAAACUGGAAUAUGGGUCAAAGGUGCAUUCAAUUUUUUCCUUUACAUCCUUGCAAGUCAUGUACUUGGAGCUUUUUGGUAUUUUUUUUCUAUUCAACGAGAGACAUCAUGUUGGCAUCAAGCAUGCAUGAAACAGAGCAUUAGUGGUGUGAUUACUUUUUACUGUGACAAUCUCGGUACUACCCCAAGAGAUAGAGAUAUUACAUUAUUUCAAGAUGAAUGUCCCAUAAAUGUUCCUGCAAAUACUACACCGCCUUUUGAUUUCGGAAUAUUUCUUGAUUCCCUUAAAUCAAACACCACGCCGUUGGAUUUUUCGAGCAAACUCUUCUACUCGUUUUGGUGGGGACUGAGAAAUUUAAGCAACUUUGGCACAAAUCUGACAACAAGUACAUAUGUGUGGGAAAACUUGUUUGCAAUUCUUAUUUCUAUCAUUGGAUUACUCCUAUUUUUAUAUCUCUUAGGGAAUGUACAGACGUUUAUGCAAUUGGCAACUAUAAAGUCGGAGGAGAUAAGACGGAAGAUGAAAGAUCGAAAAAUAGAAGAGUGGAUGGAUAAAAAUGCUAUCCCAGGACAUUUGAAACAAAAGAUCAAGAAAAACAUAAAACAAAAACUGAAAGAAAACAAAGAUGCUGAUCUGGAGAAUCUGAUCUCCAUUCUUCCUUGGUACACCAUGAAACCCCUAAAGCGUUUGCUCUGCAUGAAUACCCUAAGGACAGUACCAAUGCUCAAAGAAACGGAUGGAAAAGUGUUGAAAAUGAUCUGCGAUUAUCUGAGGCCAAUGAUUUACAGCGAGAAUAGCAUCGUUGUUCAAAGAGGAGAUCCUCUCGAUCGGAUUAUCUUCAUUACGGAAGGGUUUAUAGAGACUUAUGUGGGCGGUGAACAGAGUCGACACCGUGCUGGAUCAUCGUCGGGUUCCCAAUCCUCGUCAAUGCCAACCAAAACGCUUAAAAAAGGCGAGUUCUACGGCGAAGAGCUUCUCAACUGGGCAUCUCGGUCGCAACGUCCUAUCUCCACCCAAACAGUUAAAUGCCAUACAAAAGUCGAAGCUUUUGUUCUUAUGGCCAAUGACUUGCCAAGUAUAGUCUCCAAAUGCGGAUCGUUGUGGCCAAACAUAAAUCACAGCAACAACAACAAUAACAAUAAUAUUAACGUUACUCAUCCUGAACAGCCCUUACUAAGUGGCGUCGAGAGCUCUACAGGCUCGACGCCAAGAAUCCGGUAUCUCAAACCUGCUGUACGCCCCCAUUAGCCCUCCUGUGCGUCCCUUGUCCAUGUACCUUAUGAACAACAGUUCACGAUUGUCGUUGCAGUUUUGUAGCGUUCUCUCUCUCCUGUUUGGUCAACGUGGCAUGUUUUUGAAUUCUCUCGUGGCAUUGUUUAAUGGGACGAACAGAAAGGUCUAAUAUGGCCCAUUGGGCCUGGUUUAAAAAUAAAGACUACAAGAAAGUGGGUUUCGUAGUAAGUUGGCCCAUUGGGCCUAUGAGCAAAUAGUUUUUGUUUUGAUGUAAGGCACCGAAAGCUUAAUCUA